AUGAUAAGUCAGCUCGGUAAAGGAGCUUUAUUGGGCAAAAUGGACAUAAAAAGCGCCUUUCGACUAUUACCAAUAAAACCAAAUGAUUUUUGCCUACUCGGCUUCAAAUUUGAAGGUAAAUACUACAUUGACAAAUGUUUACCAUUUGGUUGUUCUAUAUCAUGCGCUACAUUUGAGAAAUUUGCUUCAUUUUUGGAAUGGGCCGUCAGGUCACAGUUUGGUUUCGCGCAUGUUACGCAUUAUCUUGAUGACUUUUUGUUUGCUGGUUCAGCUAAUUCCGACGAUUGCUUACGACUCAUGAGACAAUUUGGCGAUUUAUGUAAAGCUUUGGGAAUUCCUCUUGCCAUCGAUAAAACUGUUGGCCCUGUCACAAAGUUAACCUAUCUGGGAUUGAAAAUUGACACAUGUCUGGGGCAAGUACGCAUUCCAAACGAUAAGCUAAUUAAGCUUAAGAUUUCGCUGACAGAAAUGACAAAUAAAUCUAAAGUCACUUUGAAGGAGAUGCAAUCUCUGUGGACCAAAUUCCGGGAACUAGCCCCAAAGGCAGAUGUAAAACCAACCCCGAUUCCACCGGUAUUUCACUCACUGAUAUCAGGAGCGAAACCGUUAGAUUAA